AUGGAGGUUUUAAGUUUGAGAAGGGUGUUGACGGUGGGCAUGACAUUGGCCAUGGUGAUAAUGUUGAGAGCUGAGAUGGGUAAUGCCAGUGGGAAAAUGCAUUAUGUUGGAGGAAGCAAGACAAGUUGGGGGCCAUCAAACGUUAACCUCACAGAGUGGUCUUCUCACGAAACAUUUUACGUUGGUGAUUGGCUCUAUUUUGGAUAUGACAAGUACCAGUAUAAUGUGCUGGAGGUGAACGAGACAAGUUAUGAAAAGUGCAUCGACAAAGAUUUCAUAAAAAACAUAACAGGUGGUGCGGGAAGAGAUGUGUUUAAUCUCACACAAACAAAAACCUACCACUUCCUUAGCAGUGGGGGCUAUUGCUUUCAAGGGUUGAAGACAUAUUGGUCUUUGGGUGAAAACAGGAUUUGA